GCAUGUCUUUGGCGCUAGCGAGGAAUCGAAUAUGGCACGGCGCGGUAGGGGCGAAUCGGGUCCCCAGACCGGUUGCCUCGGUUUAUAGAGCUUGUCGGGUCUCUCCCAUAUCCCGACGGGGACUUGCGCUGUCAUUGCGGCGAUACGCCGACACGGAGAACAAGGACUGGCUGCUAGAACAAGAAAUACAACGGUUGAAGUCGGCCGAGCAGAUCCGUAUACGAAACGAGUUCGAAGAAAACGGAGACGUUCGAGAAUACCUGAGGAAAUGGCAGGACAUGCAUUCGAACUCCAUGGACCCCAUCGGGGGGCCCGGCUCAAUUGCGCUGGGGACAUCGUCCCCGUGGGUCGGGAACAUGAUCAGCGACCCCCAGAAAGGACCUGAACCGGAGGAUGAUGCGGAGGAGGAGGACCUCUCUGGGUUCUCCGAUGAAUCUGAGGGAACGCACGACUUUCUGGAACCCGGCGAUCUCGUGGCGCUGUCAUCGACCGACAACAUUCUGAGCUUCGCCGUCUACGUCCGAUCCGUCUGCCAACAGCAGCAGUUUUACACCGAGCGAGGAAAGUGGCGAAUCGCGUCCACGAGUACGAUCGACUAUGUUAUAAAAGACUUCGCACCGCCAGAGCUGGUGGCUCGGCUCAUUCCUUACAUGCCAAGUGCGGAGGCCCAGAUGAGGACGGAUAUGCAGACUGUCAUCGAGGGAGGCGUUCCGCGACCCGUCGGCGCAUCGCUUCUGCGGAUGAUGAAUGAGUUCGAUGCGCAGGCCCAGGUGUUGUAUCAAGCGAAUGCGGCUCGACUCGACCGGAUUCACGAAAUAGUCGCCGAGGAGGACGAAAGGUCGCUGCUUACGCUCGAGGAGCUGGCAUGCAAGGUGAUGGAGGUUGAUGAGGGUACGCUGGAUGACGUGAUAUUGUACACUGUGCAUCGGGCCACUAGCGUGAACCCCUUCCUGAUUGAAAGGGAUCGCAGCUCUGCGUUUGCCAACUGCUACGUUGUACAGCCAUUGAGCACCGCCCAGAUUCUCGACCGGGUGGUUACGUGGGUUCGUGACCACCAGGAGCAUCUCAUUCGCACUGUGGCUGCCAAGGAUGAUCCAAGGUCUAUGAAAGGCCACCCCCUGCAGGAGUUCCUCGAAAAGGCUCGACGUAUUAUCCGGCACAGCCGACAGCUGCGGUCGCCAACCGUCAUGGCUGGCGUCGGCCCGACGGCGGAGAGGUUCCAGCCUGAGAAAGAUAACCCAAUGGUCUACCGGGAGAUCAUGGGAGAAGGAUUUACCUACACGGAUCGGGUGAUCAUCAAAUUCCUGCAAUUGUGGACCAUUCCUCCUAAGCGAAUGCUCUCCGGGCCAUUACAGUCGGCCGGUUCUCAUAUCAUGCGUUCCACGGGGAUGUACGAAGGUCUAGAACUGACCUCCAGUUCCGUGGUGCUCCUCUUACAAGAACUCGGCGUGUUCGCUCCCUGGGAGAAUCUGAAUCUUCUGGACCAGGUGCUGUCCCUGCCAGGUCACGGCAUCUCCACGCUCUCUGAUCUAGUGCGUGACGACGUCGAAGAGGCCGGCAAACGCUAUUGCGCCGAGGGAGUCACCGACAAGAUGCAGGAUGCGCGGACCGACUGGGGAGACAUGCAGGUGUACUGCGUGGAUGACGUCGGGGCGGAGGAGAUCGACGACGGCGUCUCGCUGGAACGGAUCCCGGGCUCCGACGACACUUUCUGGAUUCGGAUCCAUGUUGCCAACCCCUCUGCCUUCUUCGACCAUGAAGAUCAGAUCAUGCAGUACGCUGCCUCCCGGCUACAGACCUUCUACGGCCCGGAGCGUACCUAUCCCAUAUUUCCCAAGUCUUUGUCGCAAAAGUACUUUAGCUUGGCGCCUGGAUGUCCCACGCUUACGAUCAGCGCCAAGAUGAACUUCCGGGGUGACGUGCUGGAGACCGACAUUCGUAAUGGCAUCAUCAACAAUGUGAAAUAUGUGACGCACUCGAAGGUGCGCAGCCUUUUUGAACCCGUCGACGAUGCUCCUUUGUCCGUUUUGACCGUUGGCGGCGAGUUACCGGAGAAGCAAACUCCCGGCAGAGACAUCAGCGAAACGCUGUCAUCGGAGGACGAGGAGACCUUCCACACACUGCGGAAGCUAAUGCUCGGAUUCCGCGAUCGACGAGUCGAGAACGGGGCGAUCGAAUUUGCCGUGUCCUCCUGGACGAACGUCUCGAUCUUCGGCGGGGAUGAACCGUUUGCGCCAUACCGCGUGGACGACGUCACCCACGCCCGCCCUUUCAACGGCGACCCCGUCAUCCAGAUGCGGAUGCAGCAGAUCGAUCCGCAUGAGGUGCCGGACAAGACCAAGCAAGAUCUCAUCUCGACGCUGAUGAACCUGGCCGGCUGGGUCGCUGGGAAGUGGUGCGCGGAUCGCAACAUCCCCGCCAUGUUCAGCGGCACCUUCUACCACCCGGAAUACGCGAGAGUGACGAGCGAGAACAUCGGCGAAUAUAGCGGGCACAAAGCCAUGCAGCUAGCAGCGCCCAAGGGAGUCGCCGCGUCGUACCCGCUCUCCCACCACCCUCUCGGCCUCACCCCCUACACCAAGUCCACCAGUCCACUCCGCCGCUAUGGCGACCUCCUCUGCCACUACCAGAUCGAAAGCGCGCUGCGAUUCGAGCGCGAACACCAGCGCACCUUCGACUACGAGACCGACUCUUCCACUCUACCCUUCUCCGCGCAGGACGUGACCGACUACAUCGAGCGCACGCGGUCCAUCCAGUUCAAGCACCGGAUUUGUGAAUCCUCGUCGAAGCAAUUCUGGGGCUGCAUGCUGCUGUUCCGGGCCUUCUAUUUCCACGAGUGCGACCUCCCUGAAACGUGGGAGUGUCUCCUCCGCCAGCCGUACGCGGCAGGGACCACGGCCGAGCAGGGGUUCUCGGGCGUGAUCACCUCACUGGGCCUCAAGUGCCAGGUGACGACGCCGAACCUGGACGAGGCUGAUCUUCUCAGCGUGGUGGAAGCGCGGAUCACAGGCGUGGACCUCGCUCGGAAGCUUGUGAUUAUGGAAGCUACGCGGGUGGUGAAGGGGUUUGAACGGACGGGCGAAUGGGCCUGAUCUGACUGAUCGUGAUCUGUCAGUUUCAAAGGAGUUGUUGGCAUACCUCGCAUGAGAUACGGAGUUUCUUUUUUUUCUCUUUUGGUUUGGAGGAUAUUUCUAUUGAUCUUCUAUUUAUUUUUAUCCCGGGGAUAUGUCCAAACCGUGUAUCAUAUUAUAUAUCUAUGUAAACCACCCACUCUACAAUACCAUGUAUAUCAGUUGAGAAGAG